UUACAUUGGAGUGCGGGAAAGAGUACUCUGCCGGUGCGCGCCAGAUUUUAAACACCUGUGAAAUAUAGAAGAAUUUCAUGGAUUUUACUAAGUAUGCCUCUCCUAGGUAAAAAGGUUUUCAACUGUCUGAAGCCCUUAAAUGACAUUAAGGCUGAGGAGGCCGUUUUUACCAUCCCACACACCAAGGAACAGUUCCGAUCUAAAGCUGAAUUUGAAAAACGGAAAGAUCUAUAUGGGGAAAGGAUAUGGACCUGUCAGUGUACUGGACACAUUAACUUGACGCAUGAAGAGGCAUGGAAUUCAGAGAAGGCUGUGCAGAAAACUCUGAAAAAUCAGUUUGCUGCAUGUUAUGAGAAAUCUGUUCUUGAAAUUGUUCACCACAGUACCCUCUCAUUGGACACGUUAGUGGACCAAGCAUGGCUGAAGCUGCAGCAGGUGCUCUGUGUGACCGAAAAGAUCAACCUGCGCAUCAAGAGUACAGGAAAUGCCAAGGGGUUUUCUGGAACAGUUGUCAGCAUUGACACAAGUGGUGUUCAGGCCAACCCCACCAGCAACUGUAGCUCACCUUCCAGUGAUAAAGAAAACAGUUCCGGAGAAGGGAAGGAGUCCUCACCUAAGAAGUGGGUGCCCCCAAAGCUGCUGCCUUACAAGUAUAGCAUCAAGCUUGAAGAGGAAGACAAAAUCAUCAAUGGUAUUCCUGCCUGCGACCUUGUACGAGUAGAUCGACCCCCGUCCAAAGAAUUGCUUCGGCUCUUCAUACGAGCCAGUGCCCUCCGCGUUGGCACCACGUCCACCAGUCCCUGGGUCGUCAACGAUGCACUGGUCAACAAAUACUCCUUACCCAGCAAAUUUGCCGACUUCCUUGUUUCACCAGCUAAGAUGGCUGAAGCAGCAAAGCGAGCAGAAGAGGAAGGUGUCCGUAAACGAAAACAUCAUCAGCAGCAUAAACAACCAAUGUCUGCUAAAAAACUGAAAAUUACAAAGUCCUCCAAAAUGUCUGAUAGCAAAAGAGGGAACUCAAGUGUAAAGAAGAGGAUAAAGAAAAAAGACAAGGACAAAUCUCCUGUUAAGAAGAAGAAAGUUAUCGAUGAAAUACUAAUUGAGAGUGAAAGCUCGGACGAUGAAGUGCUCGCGAAUCUGAAAAAUUCCAAUGAUUCUGAUUCGGACACACCAUUGGUCAGUUUGAAAAGUCAGCUGACGCCGAAAAAGAAAAAGAAGAAAGAAUCAGAUGAUUCCGAUUCAGAUACCCCUCUCAGUAAACUGACACCCAAGAAAAAGAAAUUGAAAUUAGAUUCUGGUUCUCAAAAGUCAAGGUCACCCAAGAAAUCGCACACGAAAACAGCCUCCAAGCCUGGAAAGAAAUUGAGUGCAGCUACUGGUGCGAAGAAGAGGGGCAGACCCAGAAAGGAUGCUCCAGCAACGCCAAGCAAGAAAGUCAAGAGAACGCCCACUAAAAAGGGAAUGAAGCAGAUGACGCUGCUGGACAUUGCUGGAAAGAAGGGAAGUCCAAGAACUCCAAGCAAGUCGGUCAGGAAAUCUGCCCCACCUCCUACCCCAAAAAUCGUAAGGAAAAUACUGAAGUUGAGCUCUGAGAGUGACCACAAUCGUGUGAAGUAUGCCUUCUUGGUGAAACAAGCAGCCAUGACACUUACCUCACAACAGAAGUCCAACCUCCCUGCCCCCAUCAAGGACAUCAUUCUAAAGAAGUGUGAACAGCUCAAUGAAAAGAGGCUCAUGGAGAAGAUGACGCCGGAAGAGCGAAAUGCCUACGUGAGGGUAAAGAAGCAGAAGGUCAAGGCCGUGAGGCAGCAAGAACGGAAGGAGCAGAAUAAGAAAUAUGAAGACCUUGACCUGCAGUCAACUCCAUUGCCUACACCGAAACCUGUUCACACACCAGAUGGCCUUCCUAAUGAAUGUUUUGGUGAUGUUGCCAUGGUUACUCAGUUCCUGAGCAGUUAUUGGGGACUGCUAAUGCCAGAUGAUGAAUAUCCUAUUUAUUCAGAUGACUUGAUGACAGCUCUGGCAUCUGGACUGAAAGGCUCCACGUACGUCGCCCGUGUCCUGGUCGUCUUGCUCCAGACAUUGUUGCAGGAUGAAAUCGCUGAAGAUUACAAGGAGCUGCGUGUGAAGCUGGGGGACGUUCCCAUCAACCCGUACACUGCCUCCGAGCUGGUCAGGUUGUGUCUACGGCGGAAUGACACCGGUGUCGGCCACACUGACGACUCCUAUGAAGAUGAUAACGACAGUGAAGUGCCGGACCAGAUCAUCCAGCAGCUAGAGACGCAGGAGUUCCACGAGCUGGAGGCGGAGUCCAAGCUGAAGGUGCUCUCCGGGCUGUGUCUCCGCCUUCUCGGAACCUACUCCAUACAGGACUACAUGGAGAACAAGCAGCAGGAGGCCAGCCAACUCUCUCGUCAGAAGUAUGCCGAGCUGAAGGAGAAGAACGUGAAACUUAAGGAAGAGAAACAGAAGAGGAAGGAUGAGGGGAAGGGCAAGGGAGAGGAUCAGCCUGAGGAGAAACCAGCAGGUGCGACGUUGAACUACUUCUAUGGCAAAAAGGAGGGUGAGACUGACAGUGGGUCAGCUGCUGGUGACUCCAUGGAUGACGUGGAGGGAGACGACCUCAUCUCCGUUGUAAAGAGGCGGCGACUAAUGACUGCCAAGCAAUCGGCAGAGAGAGAGAAGAAGGAGAAAGAGAGGAAAGAACAGAAGGAAAGGGAAUACCAAGAAUAUCGUAAACAGCUAGAGAGGGAAAAGUUUGCGAAAACAUUCAAAGAUGGGAUGACUCUCGCCCGUAAUGUGUUACGACAGACCCCAAUAGGCACAGACAGGAACCACUGUCGGUACUGGCUGUUCAACAGUACGAUACCCGGGCUGUAUAUAGAGAAAGGUUGGGUGAAUGCAGCUAUAGACUACAACUGUCAGGGAUUGGGUGACCGAGCAUCGAGUGCUCCGAACACACCCAAGAAGGCAGACAGUGUGACAUCGGGGUCCCAGCCAAACACACCUUCUAAGUUAAAAAAGAAGAAGUCAGAGACUGAGUCUACGACUCCUCGUCCUGGUCAGAACCUGUGGUUCUCCUGUGACUCGGUGGAGGACCUGGAUACCCUGCUCAAGGCUCUUCAGCCAAGGGGCAUCCGGGAGAGCAAUCUCAAGUCCGAGAUACAGAAGAAGUAUGAUGACCUAUCUAAAGCCAUGACUGGCACAAAGACGCAAGACAAGGAGGUUCUUGACAGCGAAAUCACUGAAGACGACCUCGUGAAUGGGUUUAGAAAGGAAUUGAUUGAUGCGGAGUUGCGUUUGAGAAAUGGCGGCCUUGGCGGCAUCCCAAUGUUUGAUGAGUGGGAGGCCAAGGUCAGCUCAGCAACAGAUAUCAAGGAUCUGGGUGCAUGUUUGAAAGAAGUUCAGAAAAAUGUAGCGGAAAAGUUUUUUAAAGGUUUCAUGAAGCCUAGAUACUACAUGUACCUCACGCAAGUCAAAGAAAUAAAGGAAGAAGAGGACAAAGCGGAAGAUGAGGAUGAUGAAGAUGUGAUUGCCUCCAAGGCUGUGGUGGAAUGGUUUGAUGCCCUGGAGACCUGCCCCACGUUCUCCAGGCUGCACGUGUUGCUCGGCAUGCUCGACUCGUGCAUCAGGUGGGAGAAGUCUGCGGAAAAUGCUAAAUGCAAGAUCUGUCGUAAGAAGGGUAACGAUGAGGCCGUCCUGCUGUGUGAUGAGUGCAACCAGGCCUUCCACAUGUACUGCCUGCGUCCCGCGCUCGUCUACAUCCCCAAGGGAGACUGGUUCUGCCCGGCCUGUAUACCACAGUCCAAGAGACGACACAGUCGAGAGGUCAAGCGGUAUAAUGAAGAUGCUAAUUCAGAUGAUGACCUAAGCGACAACGUUGAUGAGAGGGAGCCCAUCGAGCAUGACCAGGAGUGCUAUGAGUGCGCAGAAGAAGGAGGAGACCUUGUGGAGUGUGGAGAUUGUCCUUCUGUCUACCAUCUGGACUGCCACAACCCACCCCUCCGACAUCUACCUAGAGGGUACUGGGAGUGUGGGAACUGUAAAAGCGGAGGCAGAAGUCGAAGGGGCAGAGGAAAAUCUGCGCGGAAAAAAACUAGAGCAUCAAAUGCAAAAGUGAAGUACAAUCAGUCCUCGGAGGAAGAGGAGGAGGACGAGGAGGAGGAAUCUGAGUCCGAUGCUGAAACUCCACGUAAGACCAAGUCCAGUCGGAGAACGGCUUCGGCAAAGAAAGAAACCACGUCAUCGGGUACACGGUCAUCGUCACGGAAACGGGAACCUGUCCGUGAAACGCUAGACCAAAAGCCAAUUUAUUCUCGAAGACCACCAUCUGAACUCUCUAUAUGUGAGGAGAUUCUAGACAAGGUGAUGAAGCACAAGUCCUCAUGGCCAUUCCUGGAAGCUGUGGACAAGAAAGAGGUUCCCGACUACUAUGUGAUAGUGAAGCACCCCAUGGACUUCCACACAAUGAAGAACAAACUGGCUCGCCUCAGCUACUCGUCCCCCGAGGAAGUCAUCAAGGAGACGGCCCUUGUCUUCAGGAAUGCUGCUCAGUACAACAAGGAGGACAGCGAGGUGUACCAGUGUAUGCUGGAAGUGGAGAAGGUGUUCGUGGAAAUACUCAGCAAAAAGUUGCCUUUCUAUCACUACAGUCGUGACCCUGUUGCCAAUGGUUACGAUGACCAUGGCUACAGCAAUCGGAAACGCUCUCGACGAUGAAGAGACGUCAUCACACAUGUACAUCUUUCCCAUCCUGGCUUCUCGUCAAGUAGUUAUCUGUACAUUGGGUGUAAAUUAGCAAAUUGUCAUUUCAAAGUUGUUCAGUAAUUAAGUUAACUUCAUUGUUGUUUUUCUCAUCUCAAAAUGCUGACGAAAGAAAAAUUAUGUGAAUAUUUAGUUCUGUUGAAGAGAGUGUACAUAUCUUUUGGUGCAGAAAUUUAGUGAUUGUAUACAUGUUCAGUGUAUUCACGUGGUAAACUUGAAUUUAAUUUGAAUUUAUUCUUCACUUUUUGACUGUUUAAUGAAAUCAGCUGAUGAAGAUUAUCAACAAAUCAUUUCUUAUUUUCAAUCUUUCCCAAGAUUGUUGAAAUGGGACAUUGAGCUAAAUCAUUUUUUUUUUCUUCAGGAAACAGUGCAUGUAUCUAAUUGCAUCAAAAAACACAAAUUCAUUUGGAAACAAAAUUCCAUUGUAAAUACUCUAUUUUAGUCGUGAGAUAGUGUUUUCAUGUUGUAUUUGUAAACUGUACAGUGUUGAGUCGGAGACUGUCAAGUCCUAUAUUAUUUUAUGUAAAGUGUAUAAAUGUAGUCGUGAUCACGAUUUCAACCCCAUCACUCUUAACGGCCAUGCAGAUGUGUGAGAAGGAAUUUUAGGCAUUUUACUCGAGACAGAAUUAUCCCAUAUUUUAGUUGUCAAAUGCAUGCGUUUCUUCGAACACCAGUCCCAUUAUCAGUUUAAGAUAUGAAUGGAUGAUUACAACAUGGUUAACUGUGAAUCAUGACAUUGUGUUUUAUUGUUAGUUAAAUGCGAGGUUACUGUCAUUGUAAAAUCAGUAAUAAUUUGAGUAGAUGCUGAUCUCAUUAUAAUAAGAUCUUCGUGCUCGCUACUGCUACACAAGGAUCUGAGGACAUCGGAUGAUCCCAUUGCAGCUAACGUCAGAACGACCUUUUCCAAACUUUGACCGACCAAUGAAAUGACUAUCAAGAAUUCCACACUAGCCAAUUAGAAAGCAUCUCUCACAAGCCUUAGUGUACUAUUUUCAAACCGGCAACUUACAGAUAUUGAUUCAAAAUUUGAAAGCCAAACAAAAGAAAAUGCUUAAUUUUUUAGAUGUCUGAGAUUGUAUAGCAAUAUUUACCACAGUUUAAGAAAAUCUCAUCCGUUUCAAGUGUUUAUCCCAUUGAAAAGAGAGAUAGAUAGUUUUGCUGGAAUCAGUCAUACAACCCCUGUCCUUCAGAAUACCCUGUGUUAACCUUUUCACGGUUAACAUGAUUAAGAAACAAGAUCUGAUUCUAAUAAGAUUGUGUAGAUACAAGAAGACCAGGCGUUACUUUAGUAACUUAUUCAACCAGGAAACAUGUUGACAUUGCUUUGUUAAUCUUUGAGAAAGAUUUGCCCCAGGUGACUGGUGUUUAAAUCUUGGCCUCCAGUUCCGUAUGACAGUGAGGCGUUCCCUGUAAACCAAGUACCUGUAUGAGUGUCUCUUACAACUUGAAGGCUAAUUGGAAUAAGAUGACAGGUUCUCUGGCAUUUUGCUGCUGACAGAUGUUUUUUAGCCUUACGCCCAUGGAUUUGAACUAUUUUGUUGAUUGUAAUGAAAUGUCUGCCAGAGAAAGUCAUCACUGACCUUUGUAUGUGAUCUCUUGUUAUGUGACUUGUGUUUUAUUAAAUUGCAAAAAGCAUGAAUUUAAUUAAUUUCAUUUAAAGAAGUUCAUUUAUGUGGGAGCAAAAUUUACCCAAGGCUGGUUAUAUAUAAUUAACAGAUUAAAUGGAUUUUAUAUCAAUAUCCAAGUUUACUUGUUUGAAGGUGUGGUGGUUCUGUUGAAACAUUUGUCUUUUGACAUUAAUAUUUAAAGAGUAAGAACAUUUGUUAUGUACAAAUAUUAAAGAGUAAGAAACUUUGUCACUAGUCAUUCUGUUGCCUUCAUCUAAGAGUAUUAUCUAGUUCCACAGUAUUGACUAUCCAUGACAUACACCUCAGGAUGUUUCUGAAAAUGUGUUGUGUUACAUUGUAGACCAAACUUGACAGGUUGAGAGGAAAUCACUGAAAGUGGCUUCGUCUCUGAAAUAUGUAGAGAUUGAUACAGAUAAUUGGCUUCAAGGUAUUCAGCAAAUGUCUAAAAAUCCCAAAUUGAAUUUUUAUAGAAUUAAUUUCAGGUUAUUACAAUAACUUUCUAUAAUUCAAAAAAAAAUAUUGAAGGAAUUGAGGACUUUCAAAACAUUCCCAUUUUGGACAAACUAAUAAUGAUCUUUCUCGUGAACUUAUAAGAAGCAAGAAAAAGGAAAAGAUGUAAGUAAUGCUCAGACUGGCUGACUUGGUUGAUGCAUGUCAUCAUAUCAGUGAAUGAAUUGAUGUUCAUGUCAAUCACUGAAUUACCGGGUCCAGACUUGAUUAUUUAGAGACUGGAAUACCGCUGAUUUUGGAGUUAAACUACAAGCAAACAAAAAAAUCUAAUCAUUGUAGACAUUGUUUUCUCAACAACUGAACCAAGCUAGUUCAUGUGACACCACUUCAUAAUAUCAACCACUGGUUGUCUGUCCAGAGUCGUUGUUUACAGACCACUGUGAUGUAGCUGGAAUGUUGCUGAUGGCAGUGUCCCACAACUAUUGAAUCAGGCAGCAUGGAGAAGCAAGGCUCUUACUGACCUUUGCUUGGCAUACAGAAAAGAUUGGUCAGCAUAGCUUAAUGUGACUACUGCUUGGAUUGAUGAUACCGUAGGAUUCAACAAUGAUACAUCUUAAUCAGGACCAGUAAAUUUUAUGAUUUAGCUGGGUGUCCCUUGAUCUUUUAUACUUUUAACUAAUGAAAAGACACAAAAUGAUGGAAUAUUAGCACAGACGAAGACUCCAUGAAAUUGUUCGAUUGUCUUCAGAAAUGGGGCAGCACCUCAGUAGGUGCUAAGAAACUGACACCUGGGCCCACUUGCACAAAACGAUCUUAGCGCUAAGACUAUCCUAAGCCUAUGAUAAUGUAUAGGAGUUAAGAUGAUCUUAGCGCUAAGAUCGCUUUGUGCAAGUGGGCCCUGAUGGGAGACUUGGCCCCCAGCAACCUAUGCUGGUGGCAAGAGGGGACUUAAUAGAUCUGAUGGUCAGACUUGGUGACUUGGUUGAUGGCCUGUCAACGUACCCUACAGUAUGGAUCGUUUCUGGCAGUUUCAAUCUCUGAUUGUCUAGUUCAGACUUGAUUAUUUACAGGGUGCGGUCAUAUAGCUGGAAUAGUGCUGAGUGCAGCGUUAAACAACAAACACGCACAAAGAAACUAAGACCUUUAUACGUUAACCAGUUACAGACUAGUCUUUCUGUGAUUGUUAUGAAAGGGGCAUCGUAUUGUAACCUAAACAGUCCAUUAGGGAAAUACCCACAUGCUUGAAUGAGAUUUUGUUGCAUACACAAACUACAGCAGUAACAUAUAGGAAAUGUUUUAGUCUGUUUAGUGGUUCAUUAGAAAAUGUAUCUUAUUUAAUAUCUAGGGUAUGUACUUAAAAGUUGCAGAGCAGCUGAUCAGAGUGUCUGACGAAGAGUAAUUUAUAACAUGUCAUCCUUUAAAUUAAAGCUUAACUUGACAUUGA